CGCCACCUGCCGCUCGCUCCUGAAGUCCGCGCGGCGCCGCGCCCGCCCGGCCGGCGCCUCCGCUUCCAGCCAAGAUGGCGGAGAGCGGCGAGGCUCUGGGCACGGUCCCGGAGCACGAGCGGAUCUUGCAGGAGAUCGAAAGCACCGACACCGCCUGCGUAGGGCCCACCCUCCGGUCUGUGUAUGACGAUCAGCCAAACGCACACCAGAAGUUUAUGGAGAAGCUGGAGGCUUGCAUCCGCACCCAUGACAAGGAAAUUGAAAAGAUGUGUAACUUUCAUCACCAGGGCUUUGUGGAUGCCAUUACGGAGCUCCUUAAAGUGAGGGCUGAUGCAGAAAAGCUGAAGGUGCAAGUUACUGACACCAACCGAAGGUUUCAAGAUGCUGGAAAAGAGGUGGUAGUACAAACAGAAGAUAUUAUUCGAUGUAGAAUUCAGCAGAGAAAUAUUACAACCGUAGUAGAGAAAUUGCAGUUAUGCCUCCCAGUGCUGGAAAUGUACAGUAAGCUGAAAGAACAGAUGAGCAUGAAAAGGUAUUAUUCUGCACUUAAAACAAUGGAACAGUUAGAGAACGUGUACUUUCCCCGGGUCAGUCAGUACCGUUUCUGUCAGCUGAUGAUAGACACACUUCCUAAACUCCGGGAAGAUAUCAAAGAAAUCUCCAUGUCUGAUCUCAAGGACUUUCUGGAAAGCAUUCGAAAGCAUUCUGACAAAAUAGGUGAAACAGCCAUGAAGCAGGCCCAACAGCAGAAAAGCUUCAGUGUUGCUCUGCAGAAGCAAAAUAAUGUGAGGUUUGGGAAAAAUAUGCAUGUAAAUAAUGACAGAAUUCUAGAAGAAAAGAAUGACAUUGUAUUGAAACAUGUACUUGAAGAGGAGGCUGAGAAUGAAGAGGAGGUCUUAACUGUUCAAGAUCUCGUUGAUUUUUCCCCUGUUUACCGAUGCUUACACAUUUAUUCUGCUUUGGGUGAUGAAGAAACAUUUGAAAAUUAUUACCGGAAGCAAAGGAAGAAGCAAGCUCGCCUGGUUCUGCAGCCGCAGUCGAGUGUGCAUGAAACAGUUGAUGGCUAUAGAAGAUACUUCACUCAGAUUGUAGGGUUCUUUGUGGUGGAAGAUCACAUUUUACAUGUGACCCAAGGAUUAGUAACCAGGGCAUACACUGAUGAACUUUGGAACAUGGCCCUCUCAAAGAUAAUUGCUGUCCUUAGAGCUCACUCAUCUUACUGCACUGAUCCUGACCUUGUUCUGGAGUUAAAGAAUCUCAUCGUCGUUUUUGCAGAUACUUUGCAGGGUUAUGGUUUUCCAGUCAACCGGCUUUUUGACCUUUUAUUUGAAAUAAGAGAUCAAUACAAUGAAACAUUGCUUAAAAAAUGGGCUGGUAUUUUCAGGGACAUUUUUGAGGAAGAUAAUUACAGCCCCAUCCCUAUUGGCAGUGAAGAAGAAUACAAAGUAGUCAUCAGUAAAUUUCCCUUUCAAGAUCCAGAACUUGAAAAGCAAUCUUUCCCAAAGAAGUUUCCCAUGUCCCAGUCAGUGCCUCUUAUUUAUAUUCAAGUUAAAGAAUUUAUUUAUGCCAGCCUUAAAUUUUCGGAGUCACUACACCGAAGCUCAACAGAAAUAGAUGAUAUGCUUAGGAAAUCAACAAAUCUGCUGCUGACCAGAAUUCUGAGUAGCUGUUUACUGAACCUUAUUAGAAAACCUCAUAUAGGUUUGACAGAGUUGGUGCAAAUCAUCAUAAACACAACACACCUGGAACAAGCUUGCAAAUACCUGGAGGACUUCAUAACUAACAUUACAAAUAUUUCUCAAGAAACGGUUCACACCACAAGACUUUAUGGACUUUCUACUUUUAAGGAUGCUCGACAUGCAGCAGAAGGAGAAAUAUAUACCAAACUCAAUCAAAAAAUUGAUGAAUUUGUUCAGCUGGCUGAUUAUGACUGGACAAUGGCUGAGUCGGAUGGAAGAGCGAGUGGUUAUUUAAUGGACCUUAUUAAUUUUUUGAGAAGCAUCUUUCAAGUGUUUACUCAUUUGCCUACUAAGGCAAACACCAAUGAUUAUGCAGCCAUGUCGGGGAAAGUUGCCCAAACAGCUUGCAUGUCAGCCUGCCAACAUCUGUCAACAUCCUUAAUGCAGAUGCUACUGGACAGCGAGUUAAAACAGAUAAGCAUGGGAGCCGUCCAGCAGUUUAACUUAGAUGUCAUACAGUGUGAAUUGUUUGCCAGCUCUGAGCCUGUGCCGGGAUUUCAAGGGGACACCCUCCAACUGGCAUUCAUUGACCUCAGACAACUCCUUGACUUGUUUAUGGUUUGGGACUGGUCCACUUACCUAGCUGACUAUGGACAGCCAGCUUCAAAGUACCUUCGUGUGAAUCCACACACGGCCCUUACUCUUUUGGAGAAGAUGAAGGACACCAGCAAGAAGAAUAAUAUAUUCGCCCAGUUCCGGAAGAACGACCGAGACAGACAGAAGCUGAUCGAGACGGUCGUGAAGCAGCUCAGAGGCUUGGUGACGGGUAUGUCCCAGCACAUGUAGCCACUUCAGGUCCAUGGCUGAGUGCUUCUCCUCCGCGGCCAGCACUGGGCAUGAGACAAUUUGUUUACAGAAGUCAAAAAAUACAGUAGAGGAAAUACACUGAUGAGGGCUUAACAGGUCAUGGUAACAAACGUCAUUUGUAUGGAUUUUUAAAUAAUUGAAUACUAUUUUAUAUAUAAAAAUGUAAGAUUAAUUUUUUCAAUUUUAAAGGAAAAGUCAAAGUGUAAUAUAUAAAUCCAAUAAAUUGUAUAUGAAACUGAUUGUAAAUAUUAGAAAAACUUGUGUCUCUGCUUGUAAGUAUUCUUUUCAAGCUUGAAAGAGCUUCUCUUAUGUCGUUAUAGUUUGGGAUGCAGGUGCUGCUGAGAAGGGACUAUUUGGCUGUCACUGUUGGACUUUCAGCUUUUAUUUUCACCUCAGUUUAAUUCAUGUGCCUAAAAUGCUUAGUUCUGCCCAUUCUGAGGAGGAAAUAUACAAAUCUUGAAAGUUCCUAAACUCAAACACGGUUCACCAGGAAUGUCCAUGACUUGUUCUACUUGGCUAGUUUAAUCAUUGUGAACAUGAAGAGUUUUGGAUUAUGAAGGGUUUGAAUUUCCUAAAGAUGUAGCAUUUCUUAUAGCUGGCCCCAGUUUUAAAGUUUUAGUUUGGUUUAAGUUAAAGUGAAGGCAGUUAAAGGGGCUGUUUGCGUCAGGUGUAACUCUUCUAGUGUAGACAUGUUCUUCCUACAGAAUGAAGGUCCAGCGGGGUUCAGGUGAAUGCUCUUCUGAUAGUAGAUCUCAGUGCUGUGUGCUCUGGAAACAAACCAGGUCAACUGAACUCUGAACCCUACAGCAAAUGUGCAUUUUCCUUCGGCUAAAUCACAGUGACACAGCUGGCCAUGUAUCCCUGACCUUUGUUUACUCUCCAUUGGAAUUAUGCUGAAAUAUCCCCUUUGCAUUUUCCAGAUUUUUGCUUGUAGACUACCUGACUCUGUAAAAUAAGUAUGAAGAGCUGUGCUUACAUGUCUGGACUUUGUGAUAAAACAUUAAAAAGGUUGAGUUGUUGAAGAGUCUA